AUGGCUACAUCUGCCCCCUUUCGACCUCUCUUCAAUGAUUUUGGGCCCCCAUCUAUGGGCUACGUGCAGGCUAUGAAGCCACCAGGUGCCCAAGGCUCCCAGAGCACAUAUACAGAUUUGCUUUCUGUAAUUGAAGAGAUUGGCAAAGAGAUCCGACCUACAUACGCAGGUAGCAAGAGUGUUAUGGAACAACUGAAGCGAGGCAUUAUUCAUGCCCGAGCACUAGUAAGAGAGUGUCUGGCAGAGACAGAGCGCAAUGCCCGCACGUAACACUCACUUCCUCCUGG